UUGAUUGCUGCUUCACUGAGUUUUCUGCUUUCAUCUGUAUCUCCUGUUGCUCUUCGUACUUCUGCGUGAAUGCAUGCAGGUCAUUGUGUAAUUGAUGAAACUGACUACAGUGUGACAAGACCGGCUUCAAGAUUUGUUGUUCUAGUGGGGUCCCAUGUAACUCUCCGUGGUGAACGAGUUGGUGUGGAGCAAAUAUGGAGCAACCCCAACUUCUUCGUGACCGACAGCAGUCUGAAUAAUGACGUAGCGUUACUGAAGUUGGCACAACCUGUGACAAUCGCUGACAAUGUUAUGCCGAUCAAGCUCGCCUAUGACGAUGCACCACUCGUGGAACUGUCCGAUAUAACGAUCAGUGGAUUCGGUAGAGUUGGUUUUGCGCAGAACCUCAGUGAUGUAAUGCUGGCUGCAACCGUAGACUACCUGCCGAAUGGGUGUGGAAACUUCUCAAGCUUCGACCCUAAAACCAUGAUUUGUGCAGGAUGUAAAGGGGGGGGCAUCUCUGCCUGCGGAGGCGACAGCGGUGGCCCCGCAACAGCGCAAUCCUUAUCUAAGGGGUGUCCUAUUCUAGUGGGCAUCACAAGCUUUGGGAUCCGAUGUGGUGUUUCGGACGUUCCAGGAGUGUAUACGCGGAUCACGGCAUUCAUCGAUUGGAUUGAGGGUCAGGCUGGCCGAUCUUUCCGUAGCCAGUAUCCUGUUGCACCCACAAUGAACUGUGAGACCUGCUCUGCUGUACCCAGUAGAGUGCCAUGUGGCACAGCAGCCCCAAUGGACAUCAAAAGGUGCCAACUUGAGGCGUGGUUGGCCUUCGCUUUCAACAUCACACUUCACCCUUGUGUCAGAACCAAGGCUUACCCUCCAGGUGCUCAAGCUCAUGUUGAAGCGUUCCUUAAACCAUCCUCAUCAUUAGUCAACACAUCAGCGCUAAGCGGCAACACCUACUUCCUGCAGGGCAACAAAGGAGGGGGCACCUGGUUGACACUAGGAGGGGUUGGAGUUAUGGUCCCUCUCAGAGGCAAGGUCAACGUGCGGGCAGGAACGGAGGUUACAAACGGACAAUGGACCACUCUAUGGCCGUCCGAAGAGCAGUUUCCAGAGAGAGCGUGCACCGCUUUCCACUCGUAUGCUGCAGUGUUUGUGUCUAAGGACAAGCAGUUUGUCCAAGCAUCCUUGUCGGUGGCAUACUCCGCCCGCUAGCGGAUGCCCCAAGCAGUAACUUGAAAGCGCAAGAUGGACGCCAGACACAUGAUAGCGAGGCAAAAAAAACUCAUGCCACGUCAACCAUCCUACCCACGCGAUCAGCUAGGGUCAUCUAAUGAAUGGAAAUGUUGUGAAUACAACAGUAUGUGACCAGAGAAGCCGCAUGGAUGCAGGGUGCCCUGGUGUUGGUAUUUGGAGGCAUAUUGUUGGUAGUUUCUUACAGUGAACCAAGACGUACUGGAAAAUACUAACACAAAUCUUCCACAAAGAAUGUCCAGGUGCCAACUACCUUAUUCCCCCAAACACAACACUUGGUCAUUAUAGCGGACAUCCUUAUUUGCAAGUGUUAGCAUGUCCAAUUCGAGAAUCGAACACACAACCAAUGGCUUGUCAGGCCAGAUAUUACAGGUGUAAUAACUUCACGCUGCAUUCUGGGGAUUCGAAGAAGGUUUCAUCGUUCGCCAUAGCUGCUCCUGGUUCCACCUGGCAUAUCAGGAGACGGCAUGUGGGCGUGUGGCUUUUUUUUUGUUCUGCGUUGAUCUGACAGCGCGUUCUACAAAGAGGGGAGAUGGCUUCAAUAACUGAAUUACAACAGGGUGCAGAUGAGCGGCUGUCGACCAUUCAGGAGGGUUGCGCUCGCUUGCGAAGUAUCGCGGAGGCUCUGUCCACGAGGGGAAGGGGAUGCAAUUUAACGAGUGCGAUCAAACGCGCAACUCGGGGGAUCGACAACCGCCACUUGAGGAAGGCCAUACGACAGAGGCGCACGCAGCUACGAAGGCAGCAGCGGCAACAACAAUAACAACAAUACCUACAACAACCACAGCAGUAUCAUCAACAACUACAAAAUUGACAUCAACAACGACGACACUAUUGCCUCUGACAAACCCUCUCAUCAUCACAACACCAACAGUGGUGCCAGUUGUGGCGACGGCAACAGAGGCGACAACAACAGCAACAACAAAAGUGACAACAACAUCAAUAACAGCAACAACAGCGACGGCGGCAGCACACAUGCUGGUGGCUGCGGCAACAACUUGCUUACAGCGGGAGAAAACACGGGGUCUGAAGCCAACAACAACAACAACAAUGACAACAUCAGCACGAUGGGAUAGGGUUAGGGAUUUCAUGAGGAUGGUGGGUAGAGGUUUGAGCUUGAAUGUGUGUUUUGCUUUCCCCCCUCUUUUCUGUGUGGAGUCUCUCGCCAUUCAUCCUUUGCACCUCUCUGCUCGGCACCGGGUGGGAGCGGGUUAGACUACAUCCAUGUCAAUCAGCAGGGGUUGCUCGGCCGUCAAUCCGUGAUAAAGAGGUGGUGUAGAUCGUUCCCCAGGUGAAAGGUCGGUCACUUCGGGUUUCAAGUGUUAAGUUGGGGGAAUUUUGGGAUGUUUUCCCAGAUGCUGGAUGGAAAUGCUUUUCGUUAGGGUUUCGGUUACAUGGGCAGGAGGUCAAUCCUUCCCUCCUUGUGGGAUGUAAUCAAUGCCUCCUGCAUAU